GAGAUGAAGGGGGGGAGAGCCAGCGCUUAAUUAUAACACUUAGCGUGGCUGCUCGCUCAUUUUAUGUGUCUGCAUCCCUGCAUUUGAUAUUUUAUUGAUGUAAUUUAAAGAUUUUAGAAGGGUUGUGUAAGGUUGUUGGUUAGAUUUUACAUGCGCAACGCGGGAAGAAGCAUCUGUGGAGAGAUUAUAUAUUGAAGCUGUAGCAUCUUGUCGCUUGCUUGUUGUAGCCGUGUGAGAGAUCGCAUCCUAGCAGCAGCAGCAGCAGGCGUGGAAAGAAAGUGCAUCGCUUCUUCUUGUGAGUAGUGGAGGAGUUGACGGCGGCCUGCAGCGGGGAGGAGAGAGCCGAAGCCGGGAGUUGGAGUUUCGGGGCACCGCGGGGCACUGAGAACGCAGCACCAUGGCGGUAAACCUGGACAAGGAAGCCUACUACCGCCGGAUAAAGCGGCUGUACAGCAACUGGAAGAAAGGAGAGGAUGAAUUUGGUAAAGUGGAUGCCAUUGUGGUAUCUGUUGGAGUGGAUGAGGAAAUUGUGUACGCCAAAUCCACUGCCAUCCAGACUUGGCUGUUUGGCUACGAGCUGACAGACACGAUCAUGGUAUUUUGUGAGUCAAAGAUAAUUUUUCUUGCCAGUAAAAAGAAGGUGGACUUCCUCAAACAGGUGGCCAUCACAAAAGGCAACGAGAACGCCAACGGAGUCCCACCAAUCACCCUCCUCACCAGAGAAAAAAAUGAAAGUAACAAGGCCAACUUUGAUAAAAUGAUUGAGGCAAUCAAAGGCAGCAAAGAAGGAAAAACAGUUGGCGUUUUUAUCAAGGACAAAUUUCCAGGAGAAUACAUGAAGAGCUGGAAUGACACACUCACCGCCGAGGGGCUGGACAAGGUGGACAUCAGUGCAGUGGUGGCCUACACGAUGGCGGUGAAGGAGGACCAGGAGCUGAACCUCAUGAAGAAGGCAGCGGCCAUCACCAGUGAAGUCUACUCCAAGUUCUUCAAGGAACGUGUCAUGGAGAUUGUCGACGCGGAUGAGAAAGUGCGUCACAGUAAGCUGGCGGAGUCUGUGGAGAAGGCGAUUGAGGAGAAGAAAUACCUAGGAGGAGCAGAUCCAUCCACAGUGGAGAUGUGUUACCCUCCGAUCAUUCAAAGCGGAGGAAACUACAGCCUCAAGUUCAGCGUUGUCAGUGAUAAGAACCACAUGCACUUUGGAGCCAUCACGUGCGCAAUGGGUAUCAGGUACAAGUCGUACUGUUCAAACCUGGUCCGGACUCUGAUGGUGGACCCCACACAGGAAAUGCAGGACAACUACAACUUCCUGCUUCAGGUGGAGGAGGAGCUGCUCAAGGAACUCAAGCAUGGGGUGAAGAUCGGUGACGCCUCUAACGCGGUGUUUGAAUAUGUGAAGAAGGAGAAGCCAGAUCUCUCCUCCAAACUGACCAAAAAUCUGGGAUUUGCCAUGGGCAUUGAGUUCAGAGAAGGCUCUCUGGUGCUGAACAGUAAAAACCAGUACAAACUAAAGAGAGGCAUGGUGCUGAACAUCAGUUUGGGCUUCACUGAUUUGGUGAACAAAGAGGGAAAGAAAGACGAGGACAAAAAGUACGCUCUGUUCAUCGGAGACACAGUUCAGAUCAACGAGGAAGAAGCAGCCACAGUUCUUACACCUGUGAAGAAAAAGAUAAAAAAUGUGGGAAUCUUUUUAAAGAACGAUGAUGAGGAGGACGAGGAGGAGGAAGGGGACGAUGCAGAGGAGCUUUUGGGGAAAGGAGCUCGGAGUGCAGCCCUGCUCGCAGACCGCACCAGGAAUGAGAUGACGGCGGAGGAAAAGAGGAGGGCUCAUCAAAAAGAACUAGCCAACAGUUUAAAUGAAGAGGCCAAGCGGAGACUGACGGAGCAGAAGGGAGGGCAGCAGAUCCAGAAAGCCCGAAAGUCGAACGUUUCAUACAAAAAUGUGUCACAGAUGCCCAGAGAAAAGGACAUCAGGGACAUGAAGAUUUUUAUUGACAAAAAAUACGAAACAGUUGUGAUGCCGGUGUUUGGUAUUGCCACGCCUUUCCACAUCGCUACCAUCAAGAACAUCAGUAUGUCAGUAGAGGGUGACUACACCUAUUUGAGGAUUAACUUCUACGUCCCGGGCAGCUCUCUGGGACGACAAGAAGGAAACAUCUUUCCAAACCCAGAAGCCACUUUUGUCAAAGAAAUCACUUACCGAGCAUCCAACCUCAAAGCUCCUGGUGAACUCUCUGUGCCCUCCACAAAUCUCCAAAAUGCUUUCCGCAUCAUAAAAGAGGUUCAGAAACGCUACAAAACCCGAGAGGCGGAGGAGAAGGAGAAAGAGGGAAUCGUGAAGCAGGACUCUCUUGUUAUAAACCUGAACCGAAGUAACCCCAAACUCAAAGACUUGUAUAUUCGACCAAACAUUGCUCAGAAGAGGAUGCAGGGCUCGCUGGAGGCACACACCAAUGGUUUCAGGUUCACAUCGGUUCGUGGAGACAAAGUGGACAUUUUGUACAAUAACAUCAAACACGCCAUUUUUCAGCCAUGUGACGGAGAAAUGAUCAUCGUUCUGCACUUCCACCUCAAAAACGCCAUCAUGUUUGGGAAGCGCAGACACACGGACGUUCAGUUUUACACAGAGGUGGGAGAGAUCACCACAGACCUGGGGAAGCAUCAGCACAUGCACGACCGCGACGACCUGUACGCGGAGCAGAUGGAGCGAGAAAUGAGGCACAAACUAAAGUCCGCCUUCAAAAACUUUAUUGAGAAAGUGGAGACGCUCACCAAGGAGGAGUUGGAGUUUGAGGUGCCAUUCAGAGACCUGGGAUUCCAGGGCGCCCCCUACAGGAGUACAUGCAUGCUACAGCCCACGUCGAGUUCCCUGGUCAAUGUCACUGAGUGGCCUCCAUUCGUAGUGACUCUGGACGAGGUGGAGUUGGUACAUUUCGAGCGAGUGCAGUUUCAUUUGAAAAAUUUUGAUGUUGUGAUCGUUUACAAAGAUUACAGCAAGAAAGUUACGAUGAUCAACGCCGUGCCAGUCAACUCACUCGACCCCAUAAAGGAGUGGCUCAACUCCUGUGACAUAAAGUACACGGAGGGAGUACAGUCUUUGAACUGGACCAAGAUCAUGAAAACCAUCGUUGACGAUCCAGAGGGAUUCUUUGAUCAGGGCGGGUGGUCCUUCCUUGACCCAGAGAGCGAGGGCAGUGGAGCUGAAGAGGAGUCAGAGUCUGAGAUGGAGGAUGAGACAUUUAACCCUUCAGCCGAUGAAGAGGAAGAGGAAGAGGAGGACAGCGAUGAAGACUACAGUGAUGAGACUGAGGACUCAGAUUAUAGCGCGUCGUUGGGCAGUGAAGAGGAGAGUGGCAAAGACUGGGAUGAACUCGAAGAGGAGGCCAGAAAAGCCGACAAAGAGAGCCACUACGAGGAUGAAGACACAUCCAACAGAAAGAGAAAAGGUCGCCCUGUCGUUGCUCCUCCCAGCAAAAAGAAACGGCGAUCUUAAAAAAAAAAAAAAAAAUUAUUUUUCCUUUUACUCUUCACAAACUGCCAAAACUCUCCUCUUCCUGUCAUCUCUACCAUUUUGUUCCCCCUCCUCACCAUGGCGUGCGUCUGUGUGCAAGUGGGUUUUUAUUGCAGACAUUGUCAAUUUUCUGUUAAAUAUAUUUCUUAAAAUUAAUUGUAAUAAAACAAAAGGACAUAUCUUGACAGUUUUAUAUGUACACAGCUCCUCCUAUUAUGUCUAAUCGUAUCAUUGCGCGUUCUUUUCCUCUGUAAAGAUCAACAUUUUGAGUUUAUUUUUUAAAAUGGGGUUUGUAAGCUGCACACAGGCUCACACCACAGCACUUCUCUUCUUUCUCCUUUGUCAUUCUGAGUAGUUUUGUUGUUGAAAAUCCUGUUUUGUUUUUGUAAUAAAAUUUAAUGACAUUGUA